GCCAGUAAAAAACAAACCCGGAAGUAUGUGAAACCAAGAAGACAACAGGAAGAACGAGUUGUCUUACUUUCUUUUCUCUUAGCACAGUUACGUCACUGUGAUCUAGAAGGUCGGAAAGUAUGGGGGAGACAUUACUACUACAUCUUUUGGUAUUUGUGAGUUUGUUCCUGUCGUUUUUGGCGACGGGACAGGGAGAGGAGCCACCUGUUGGUCAUCUGCAGCAUCUUGGAGCUCACCAGCCUCCAGUGGGACAGGUUGAGUCCUUGGAUUACGUGCCGACUCCAGAAGACUUCUACCACAACUACAUCCUGCCCAGCAAACCUGUCAUCUUCACAGGAGCAGCCAAACAUCUACCAGCUUUUCAACUAUGGUCUGAUGCAUACAUCAUGGAAAAGUAUGGAGACAUUGAGGUUCAGGUUGACUACAGGAAGAAGGAGAACAGAGACAGACCAGGAGACACGAUGACGAUGGAGAAAUUCCUGCUAAAUUACAACUCAUCAGACUUCUACAUGGUCACUACUGUCCCAGAGCCGAUGAUGGAGGAGGUAUACCUCCCCUCCUGUCUGUCCUGUGGUGGUUUCACCAGUAACCUACAGGACUAUGUCAUGUGGAUAUCCAGUGGGGGGACCAAGUCCCACCUCCACAUGGACAACAUUGACAAUGUGAUGUGUAUGAUCAGUGGCAGUAAGGAGUGGUUGAUGGUGGACAGACAGGCAGGCGCUAACGUGAGGCUGGACAGACAUGAGGGGGCCUACAGCACGGUUGAUGUGGACAGGGUGGACAUGUACCAGUAUCCAGAAUUCCGCAACCUCCCGUGGUGGUCGGCUCAUAUCGGCCCGGGGGACUGCCUGUAUGUUCCGUACGCGUGGCUACAUCAAGUCCGCUCCCACGGGAGAAACAUCGCCAUCAACAACUGGUGGACGCCACUCUCUGUGUUUGACUACCAGGACUGUGAAGGGAAAGACACAAAGGCACCCAUUCCACUGAGUAUGCUGGAAUUCACUCCAGGUGCACAUACAAGGUUUAUAGUGAAGGUCCUGUUAGAAGAACAUGGUGGCCAGCUACCCAAGGACACCGUCCAACGCAUGGUCCUGUGGGAACACAGCGGUCAACAGCUGAUCAGCGACGAGGACUUCAGCCAAAUGGACACCAACGGUGAUGGACAACUCAGUGUAGAGGAAAUGGAUCGACUAGAGUUGGAGGAAGUACACAAGCUGUUCGACGGCAUACACCCCGGGGAAAUCAACACCAUGGGGGCGUGGCAGAGUCGUAGGAACGCGAUCCAACAGCUGCUGAAGUCUCUGGACACGCCCUUAGAAGGCGAGGCCAAAGAAUUCCUGUACAACUGGCAACGGACGGAUCAAGAGACACUGGAGUUCUUGGCUUCCCGUGAAGGAAGUCUUCCAGAAGCUGUUGUAGACUUUAUGAAGUCAGAACUAAAGGUUAAGCCAUCUUUUGGUGGCCAUGAUGACUUGUGAAAGUUUUGGUUUGGGUGCAAUAUAUAGUGGACAAGUUUUCCUACCCUUGGUAAUUGUUGCAAGCUAUAAUGAUGAGAACCUAUUUAUAAGAACUUACUGUAGUGUAUAUGCUUAGGGUGUUAAUAUUUUGGCAAAGUGUUUUUGAAUGCCAACUCAGAAUUGAUACAUCAUUCUUUUGGCUGUUUGUCAGAAUUUGCUUGCCAAUGGAUUUCCUCUCAACUGACAUUUCUCUGUGCACAUUUCCAUAAUGAACUUCCAUAUUCUUGUUGUAUUAGUGAAUGCUAUUUCUGUUGUAAAUAUUCAAUACAAAGAACAGCUAUUCAAACAUCUUCUCAAACAUCAUGAAUCUCAUACAACAUGCUGCUGGUAAAAUUGAUAGUUCUAUGUAUGGACCAAUGACAUUCCCUGACUGUCUAGUUUAUCAUAGAAUGAAUAAAUGAAUUAAGUUUAAUAUACAA